CAUGGUUAUUGACUUUAUUUAGUAGGAAGACUACACAUAUCAGGCUGAACUGCCUACAAGAUUGGAUGGUUCCUUCCCCACAUAACUUUUUUAAUGUAAGAAAUGGGGAGGAAUAUGGAGGAGAACAGGAUCAUCAAGUUUGGGGCGAUACGCACUACCGCAUAUUGUCAUUUUAUUUUACCCGUCGUCGAGGUGAUUAUCCGGGUAUGGGCGCUAGUUUUGGGGAAUCACACAUAAGAAACAGGCGCCAACUAAGGACCAUGCGCAGCAUCCAGACUUGUACGGGACAUAUGAAGCGACCUAUCAUUUCGCACGUUGCAUCUCUUAAUCGAACAUCGUCCAUACCCUUUUGGAAGAAGUAAUAAAGCAUACACGCCGGUCAUUUUGUGCUUAUAAUAAUGAUAUGGUUUGGGCAGGACGCCACUUAUUAUUAUUAUUAUCAUCAUCAUCAAAGAAACGCGCAGAUGAGCGAAAAGGACAAAAUUCUUACGCAGUUUGAGUAACCGAAAAUGUAUAAAAUGCAAGCGAUCUGAGAGAUUUUAAAGUGAAAAAAUGCUGCCACACAUGGGAUGAAAAUAUGUGUGAGGAGGGCUGGACCUCCCUGCACCCUAAGGAUUCGAAACGCUUCUCGGUAGAGAGAAAUAUGAAACUAGAGGGGGUUAACUGCAAACUCAAAGAGUCGCGGAAGAAACCUCGGACAAAGUUGCGAGGCAGAAGAACCCAUUGCGAUCGUCAGAGUUGGCUUGGGGCUGAGAUGAGGAAGGAGCGUUAGCGAUCCCAAAGGCCAUCGCUGCGGAGGGAGACGACGUCAGUGACUUUGCUAACUAGUUAACAUCAUGGGUGCCAUUGGCACUUGAUAACAACUGACUUCGUACUUUUUUCACACAUACUUACUACUUUACCUGAUUGCUGUGUCAUACCCUAUAGUUAUAACUAAUGUUUCGAUGCCUGCCAAUGGUACUUACGCAUAGAAUAAAUCAUGUGUCUGUAAGAUUUUGACGUUUUAUGCGCGUGUUUUAUUUAACAAACAGAGAGUUCAAAGUUACACACCAAUAGUUGUCUCAAAUAACCUGAACUGCCCUGGAUUGGCUGAACUGAAAUCAGCUAACAAUACUUGCUAGGUUUUGGUACAGAAAUCCCAUUAUAUGGGCUGAUAAGGUUGCGCUGGAGGCAACUACUGCGGUAAAGUAAUGAGUAAUCGCCGACGCAACACGGGAUUGUAAAUAGGACCAUUGGAUUUAGUGCUGCAUUUACCUAAAGAACGGGGUUCAGCCGGGUAGUUCUACCGGACCAAUCACUAUUGCACAGCGUUAGGCACCGUGGCGUCCUCAAGCAUACUAAAAUUUGCCCAAUAAUAAGCGAAAUUGUAUAGAAAGAAAUUUACCAUUGGCUUAGAUUUGUUGGUAAAAGUGGGAGGUGCUUGCAGUUCUGCACCUGCUGUAGCUCUUUUUGUGACCAGUCAUAGUUAUGCGUUUUCUUCCAACGUUAAUUUUGGCGCUGUUGUGUCCACAGUUAAUCGUGAGGUAUGUUUGUCAUGUAUCAUCAUACUUAGCGAGUCUCUAUAUGAACGCCUUGGGUUAUCUCGCACCGCAUCAAGGGCUGAAAUUAAGAAAAAGUACCACGAAAUCGCCAAAGAAAUUCAUCCAGAUCAGAGUGCAGAUCCAAAAGCUCAUGAUGAAUUUCGCAAAGUGGCGGAAGCCUAUGAGGUACUCACCGUUUGUUGUUUUUGAGCCGUCCUGUGCUCAUUUGAAAACAAUCAUAGCAGAGUACUUCUUCCAAAUGUGUUUUCUUUCGUUUCUUGAGCCAAUAUUUUUGCCAUAAGUGUUUGUUAUUUGUCUGAUCCUCUUUCUCCAGUUGUCCUUCAGUCAACAAGAGAUCCUCCCAACCACACAGAACUAA